AUGCCGAGCAAUACACGUCUUCCACCUCAGACUCCCAAGCUUCACAGUAUCCUCGUUCCACGGCUUCCGCGGGUUAGCCUUCUCCCAAUACGGUCCAUCCUACAACCGGCUGUUUAUACCACACCUAACAGUGUUCGCGCCCGUUUUAGCGGCUCCUCACCCAGCCAGUGGAAAGGAUCGAACGAGCAGGGCCAUGCGGUAAAUAGAGCAAAAGGAGGUGAUACCACGGAUCCAACGACAGAAGCGUCCUACGCGGGUAUGAAGAAUCGGGAGGAAUCAGAGGGCAUCGCAGACAAUACUAAGUCUGAAGCCGAAACGGAGAGAGGAGGGCUCAAGCAUCAAAGGAAAGCAAAGGAAGAGCAUCCCAAUGCCCCGGAGCCAAUAAUUGGAAUGAACGAUGAAAGAGGCCAGAAAGGCAAAUGA